AUGGAGUCUGGUUUUAGCCUUGGUUUUAGCCUCAGAAUGUCCUCCGGUUGGCAAGCUUACAUCACCUCCAUGACGGAGUCAUCACCUUCGAUCAAACGUGCUGCAAUUGUCAGCCUCGCCGAUGGCUCUGUCUGGGCCCGAACUCAAGGCACCAACGCUUUCAAGGACAGCGGCGAUAUUGGAUUUCAGGCUAGCGAGGCCGAAUUGAAGAAAUUCGUUGCGCUGUUCGACAAACUUGCCGACGUCCCAUCGACCGGCGCCGAUCUUGAAGAAGUUCACUAUAUCGUGCCACGUACGGAGGACAACCUUAUUUUUGGAAAGAAGGAAAAAUGCGGGUUCUUUGCUGCGAAAACCAAGACUGUUGUACUGAUUGCAAUCUAUGAGGGUGAGAACCAGGUAUCGGCCGAAGUACGUACGGCCGUGGAAAAAAUGGCCAAGUAUUUGGAAGACACCGGUUACUAA